GAUUAUAAUAAUCAUAACACGAGGAAUGAUUGGCACUCAAUUUAUCUUAAAAAACAGAUAGGGAAUCCGAAAUAUGCAUCAACGGUCAAGAAACACUUGCCCGCACAGUGAAGCCCCUGACCCUUCACCACUAUAAAACUUCAAGUUCUUACACUUCUCUAAGCAUCCCAUCAUCUCCAUUUCUCUUUAGCUCUUUUGUGUAGGAUACCAUACAGAGAAAAUGAGUCCAGCUGCCUCCAAAGAGAAGCCACAUGCAGUUUUUGUACCCUUCCCAGCUCAGGGUCACAUAAACCCUAUGCUGCAAUUAGCCAAGCUCCUCAACUACAAAGGCUUCCACAUAACCUUUGUGAACACAGAGUUCAACCACAAGCGCAUGCUUGAAUCCCAAGGUUCCCACGCUCUCGACGGCCUCCCUUCGUUUCAAUUCAAAACCAUUCCCGACGGCCUCCCUCCGGCUGAUGCCGAUGCCAGGCGCAACUUGCCUUUGGUGUGUGAUUCCACUAGUAAAACCUGCUUGGCACCCUUCAAGGCGCUUUUGACCAAGCUCAACUCUUCACCCGAUUCCCCUCCUGUGACUUGUAUUGUUGCUGAUGGUGUCACCAGCUUCACCCUUGAUGCAGCAGAGCAUUUCGGGAUCCCAGAAGUGCUUUUCUGGACAACUAGUGCUUGUGGCUUGAUGGGCUACGUUCAGUAUUACCGUCUCAUUGAGAAGGGCCUCACUCCUUUUAAAGAUGCCAAGGAUUUUGCAAAUGGGUAUUUGGAUACAGAGAUUGAUUGGAUCCCAGGCAUGAAGGAUAUCAGAUUGAAGGACAUGCCUAGCUUUAUUAGAACCACAGACCCAAACGACAUCAUGCUGCAUUAUAUGGUGUCUGAAACAGAGCGAUCCAAAAAGGCUUCUGCUAUUAUUUUGAACACAUUUGAUGCCUUGGAGCAAGAAGUUGUGGAUGCCCUUUCCACUUUGCUACCUCCUAUUUACUCCAUUGGACCCCUUCAGCUACCAUACAGCGAGAUUCCAUCGGAAUACAAUGAUUUGAAGGCGAUCGGAUCGAACCUGUGGGCAGAGAAUACAGAGUGCCUUAACUGGCUGGACACGAAAGAGCCCAACUCUGUGGUUUAUGUCAACUUUGGAAGCACCACAGUCAUGACAAAUGAGCAGCUGGUUGAGUUUUCUUGGGGACUUGCAAAUAGCAAGAAGCCAUUUUUGUGGAUCAUCAGGCCUGGCCUUGUUGCUGGAGAAACCGCUGUGGUGCCGCCUGAGUUUUUGGAGGAGACCAAAGAGAGGGGUAUGUUGGCAAGUUGGUGCCCUCAAGAACAGGUUCUGCUCCACUCAGCCAUUGGAGGGUUCUUGACUCACAGUGGCUGGAACUCUACCCUUGAGGCCUUGUGCGGCGGAGUGCCUCUCAUCUGCUGGCCUUUCUUUGCAGAGCAGCAAACAAAUGUUAGAUACAGCUGCACACAGUGGGGCAUAGGCAUUGAGAUAGACGGGGAAGUUAAAAGAGAUUACAUUGACGGUCUUGUGAGGACAUUGAUGGAUGGAGAAGAGGGCAAAAAGAUGAGGAAGAAAGCCCUUGAAUGGAAGAAGUUGGCAGAGGAGGCCACUGCCCCAAAAGGGUCGUCUUACUUGGCUCUGGAAAAUGUGGUUAGCAAAGUGCUUCUUUCCCCAAGAGAUUAGAAUUGAUUCAAUUCCAUCUUGUUCUUUUUUUUCUUUUUGGUGAUUUAAUCUGUAUUUGGAUCAUCCAGUUCCUGAUAAAAAAAUAAAAUAUGUACAGGCUUUUGAGAAAUUCAAUUGCCUAUUAAUCUAAAUAAAGGGUACUAUUUAUGUUUUUAAU